CUGUUUUGGUUUUUUUAUUUUAGUUGAAGUUUGUUCGUGCGCAAAGUAGUUUCAGCGUUGGGUCGGAACUCGCUUGUAUAGAUGCAUCUGCGAACGGCCUAAAAACAAAAUCAACAAGAAUUGUAGACAACGCCACUGACAUCGAAGGAGCAGAAGCUUUAACAGGAAAGUAGUGGAAAUGUAAUCACUGUAAGCGACUGUAAUAACAAAAUGAACGAAAAGGAAAAAUCCUCAAGUACAUUGGGUCGGGAUUUUUCGCGCAAUUCAAAGUCAUAUGCAAGUUUGCCAAAUCGAGGCAUUACUGCAGGAAAUUCCACAAAAACAACUAUACCUGCGCUUACGGUACCGGCAAAAAGCAAAGAGGGGCAAUCUGAGCCGGAACGUUAUGGUCUUUCGCACAGCCUUUCCAGUGAUUCGGUAAAGCAAGCCUGCGACUACUACGAUGACGAGCUAAGCGAUGACGAGCUGAUUGAGGUACAACAAACGCCGCAAAGUUUCCAUAACCAACAGCAGAAGUUGCACGCCUGCAUGUUAAAUCCGAUUAGCUUAAAGAUGCCACUGGAUGUGGAAAAUAGUGCCUUUUGUAAAAGCGAGAAGCCGGCGUUGAGCACGCCGGUGAAGCAACCGGUAUCAUACGAUGGUACACCGGAUGAAGCACUCAGCGUGUUAGAUGAGCUAGAUGCUAUACUGGAUGUGCAUGGAGCUUCCCAGCUUAAUGAGACAGGAGUAUCGUCCAUCAGCGGCAGCGAUGACGACAAGGUCGAAGACUAUCUUUUGGACUUGGAUAAUUAUCUCGAAGAAAUGGACAAUGCUCUAAGCAAUGAGCAGGUAUUGGCCAUUGAUAGCGACAGGGCAUUAAACAGAGAUUCCCGAACAUGCACUUUACCUCUGAGUCGCAAGCGCAGGCAGCAAAAGACGCAGACAGCUGAGAACCUCGUCGCGGCCAGUCCAGUGUUUAACCGUGGACAUCAAAUGCGCAAAACUUUUAGCUGUGGACUGGAACCGCAUACAAAUGCUUACUCCAGCACCAACGCACUGGAACAUGAAAUAGCUCCCGUGGAUGAAUGGCGUCGUCAAUCAAUGCGUCGUGCCAUGAAUGAUUCCAGUAUUGAACAUGUUGAGACCAAAGCUACAACAACACCAACAACUACUGAAACACCGCUUAGCCUGACGCCCACUUUGGUGGUGAAUCUUCCGCGUGAUGCGGAAAUGCGGCGCUGUUUCUCGCAAGGUGAUUGCCAGCCUGCGUCGCGCGCUAUGCAGAUGCUAACCGAAGCCCACAUAUAUAAUAAUUUACUGCUAAACGAACAGCGCACUGCGCGGGCUGCCAGCGAAGAGCGCGAGAGACCGCGCCAGUUUGGACGCCGCGUGGAAGGCCAUCCGCGUGUGACCGCAUUGGCCAAUCCUAGCCAUGGACUUGUGAUUAGUCGACCGCAGAGUGCUCCUGCACAAACCCGCAUGCAACUGGAUGAACUGGCAUCUACAUUGCCCGAAACUACGCACAUUAUGUCUACGUGCUCGGAUAUAAGCUCCGUGCGCUCUUCCCGCAUGCCCAGCCCCGUAUCUAUGGCAUCGGCAAGCAGUAGUUCCGACAGCAGCACCAUAGGAGCCUCUACAACGGAUCAAGUGGAGCUGCAGCAAACGACGACAUGCAGCACGUCGCCAUUGGAGCCGAUGGACAGUCUACGAUUACAUCAACAGCAGCAGCAGCGCGAGAAAUGUGGUUUCAAUAGUCUCUGGCCACAUUCCGGUAGUCGAAUGUUGGCUCUCAUGGGGUGUACCCUGGGCGUAUUCAACAUUUGUCGAUUUGCCGUGCUCACCAUCAACUAUGGUGGCAAUUUCCUAUUACAAUUUCUAAUGCUCUCCAUAAUAUUUGGCAUUCCAUUGCUCUGGCUGCAAAUGUGUUUGGGCGCGAAGAUUAAAGCUGGCCCAGUAUCUAUGUGGAAGAUUAGUCCCAUUUGCAGUGGAGUGGGCAUUGCCUUGGUAAUGGUGCAAUGCUUUCUGGCCAUUUAUUCAACGGUAUCUGUGGCCUGGAUACUGGUCUACUUGCGAGAUGUGUUUCCAACACCAACACGUAACGCUUAUCGGUGGCAGGAGCUCGCCUUUCCGUAUCGAUAUGAUGCCGAAAAUGCUACGGGCAAUCUUACGCACACCGUAGCUGAGUAUUUUAACAUUGUUGUGCUCCAGCGGCUGCAGUUCGCCCGCCAUGGGGAUGGUAGCGGAGUGCGUUUCCAUGUGAACGAUCGGCAGUUGGCUUUCUAUCUGGCCCUUAUCUGGGCGGCUGUCUUCUUAAUAUUAUGUAAAGGACUGAAAUCUCUAGGCAAAUGGACAUAUCUCAUCAACACACUUCCGCUUCUCGCGCUCAUUGUUGUGACUGCCAAGUUUGUCUACGUCGUAGACCCUUCCAAGCUUCAGAACAUAUUUUCCGCGACAGAUUUUGAUGAUUUCCUCAUCAACUCCAAGACGUGGACAGCGGCAACCCAGGAGACUUUUCUUACAUGGGGCCUGCUGGGUGCGUCGGUAAUAGCAAUAACCAGUCGUUCGCAUAUGGCGGCCAACAAAUCGUCACUGCGACGAGAUGCUAUCCUCUUGGUAUUGGUCACUAUGCUUGCCCUGAGUCUAACUGCCCUUUUGGCCUUGUGCUGUGCGCAGAUUCUAAGGCAGCAUAACUACGUCUAUGUUCCUGGCUCUUUUGAAACGCCGGACAGCUCUACGUCUAUAUACUCGCUGAAAGCGCACCCCAAUCCGGAGAUAAUAUCGCACCCGCCGGCUCUUGUCCCGCACUACUCCUCAUUUAUUGGUGAGACGUAUCGUCGACCUACGGCUGUGCUUCAUCGGGAAAGCGGUUUCCAAGCAUUGCGUUUUAUUACAGAACUAUUUCCGGCCGUACUAUCGCUAUCCAGCGAUGCCAUCUCUUGGGUCUGGGCUGCUGUGGCCUUUGGAUUGUUUGCUUUGUUUGGAUUGGCCCAGUUGUGUGUCAUGUGGAAACCCAUUUCGAGUGCACUAGGCAAUUCAACGAGCUCCGUACUACUCAGCUGUGUAACAGGCCUGCUCUUGAGCAUUCCAUUUGCCACUGAGAUGGGUAUAUCGAUCUUGUACUACGUGGAUUAUUUAUUGGGCGGUUCGUGGUUUAUACCCAUCAUUUGGACGGCGCAAAUCUUUGGCGUUUUUCUGAUACGCGGACGACCAUACAAUGGCGAUGAUUUGGUCAAUGAUUUGCGCAUGUGUGGCUCCAUGUCCGCCUUCCUUGCACUCUCCUGGAAUGUUUUGCUGCCCAUCGGACUGGUUACUUUAUCCGUAAUAGACUACAAAGCCUCUCUGUCCAAUCAGUUCUACUAUUGGCGGGGCAAGUCAUACUUUAGCUACUUGAUGCGCAAAAUGGGCAGUCUUAUUCAGAUUGGUCUACUAUUGGUCAUACCAGUAACAGCCAUAGUGCAGAUCUAUCGUUACUUGACUCGCGGACCUCCCGACAUAUUGGAGCGUAUACAACUUCUGUAUAGGCCUCCGGAAGACUCGGGCGAAACGCGUCGAUCCUCUGCUCGCCAGCGUGAUUCACGGAUUCAUCGAAAUGGUGCAGCCUUAGAGCAAAACAGUGGGGAAAGGGAUGCACAGCACGACGCUCCGCCGAAGUACACUCCUCCACCUUCCUAUACCACAGCAACAGGCGCACGCUUGGCAAAGAUGCUGCGACAAAGCAUUCGUCGCAGCGUGCGCAGGGUGCUUGGGGACUCCACAAGCCGUACACGUCCUAUACUCUCCAUCGAUGCAGAGUCGCCUACGCCUGCCGCAACAAAUGCACCACCUGAUUACCUAACCAUUCUUACCAAUCCUUCCGGAUCGAGCAGGACCCAGUCAUCCAGCAGUCCUGAGUCCAUUGAGAUUGGCCAGCGCCCUAGUGUCUACACACAGCGCACAUUAUCACUGGGUCGUAAGGUGCCAACUGUUUCCCCGGCAUCUACACAAAGACCUGCGUCUGCGAAUGCAGCUUUGGAGCCAGGAGGCUUACAACGCCCCUACACGGCCGAGGAUGUGGUCACUAUUUUGCGUUCGUCUGUGCGGGGUCGACAGCCACGCCACGUUGGAGUAGCGACGACGCUGCCACGACAGCCCCCCAUGAGCACACAUCUGGAGGAUGCUUCAUUUCGUUCCAUUGAGAACCUCGUGUUAAAUGCUGAACCGCCCGAUCAGACUCCGGGUGUGGAGUUGGAAUGCAGGCAAAAUAAUAAUACAUCUGUGAUUUAAUGACUAAUGCAUCACCUAACUUUUAUGCGACGACAUAUCUGCUUGCUCCUCUUAGACUUGAUUAGCGUUAAUUGUACUAAUACGAAUAUUAUUUGUAGUUAUACUUGUAUUGAUUUAAAAUUAAUAAACACUAAUUAGUAAUU